GACCUGGAGUGGGACAUGGAGUCCCAGGAGCUGGCCCUGGAGCAGCCACUGCCCGCCCCGGAGCAGAGCCCCGCCGCCGAGACCGAGCUGCCGGCCGCCGAGAGCUCCCUAACGAUGAGGAUGGCGGAAACCAAGCUUAUUGGUUGUGAGAAGACGGCAGUGGAGUUUGGGAACCAGCUGGAGAGCAAGUGGACAGCCCUGGGCACCCUCAUCCAGGAGUAUGGACCCAAUGUGGAGAACCUCCUCAAGAACAGGAACUUCUGGAUCCUGCGGCUGCCCCCGGGGGUGAAGGGGGAGGUCCCUGUGUCAUUCAACGACGCUUCCUUUAACUUUUCUGAGGAGGAGUGGAAGAGCUUGAAUGAGUGGCAGAAGGAGCUUUACAGGCAUAUCAUGAAAGGCAACUACGAGGCCGUCAUCUCAAUGGAUGCGGCCAUUUCGAAGCCAGACCUUUUGUCACGGAUUGAGCAGGGAGAGGAUCCCAAUGCGGAGGAUCAGGAUGACUCUGAGGGAGGAGAAACCCCUACAGACCCCAGCACUGAGUUUUCUUUUCCUGGUCCUGAUGACUGCUCAUGGAGUAAAUAUGAAGAGGCUCUGGCUGAAAGCCAUGAUGGCUCUGAAGAAGAAGAAGAAGAAGGCAUGGAAGUCCCUUGUACAUAUGAACAGCAGUGUGAUGAGGAAGGUUCCGAAAUCCUUGAGCUUCCUAGCUCCUUGACAGGAAAGUGGGAAGAGGUUUUCUCAAGCCCAGAGGAGGAGAUAAAGCCAAGCAGCAAGAGCCGGAGCGGAUCAACCUCGCAGCAGAGAACAGGCAACGGGCUGAGGCGCUCCUCUCGCCGCGGGAGAGACUUGGCUAAGAAGGAUGCUCCUGAGGAUGUGGCUGCAGUAGAAGGCCCAUACAUCUGCUGCGAGUGUGGGGAGAGCUUCCUGGACAAGCAACUGUUUGCCACCCAUCAGAAAGCGCAUGCCAGUGAGGAAGCCUGCACUUCCCUGGAGCACGGAGAAGGUUUCAGGCAGAAAUCCAAAACAAAAGGCCAGGGGUCUUCCCGUUCCAAACAGUCCAAACGCUCCGAUGGGGAGAAGAGCUCUGGUUUCAAGUAUGGCUUUGUCAGGCACCAGGUGAACAACAUGGUGGAGAGACCCUACACCUGCUCCCAGUGCAAGGAGAGCUUCAGCCUGGAAGUGAGCCUGAUCUUGCACCAGAAGCUCCAUACGGGGAAAGGCGACGGGCCGCUGACAUGCACCUACUGUGGGAAGGACUUCCGCGACCUCUCCAAAGCCAUCCGCCACCAGCGCAUCCACACAGGGGAGAGGCCGUACCAGUGCACCGAGUGUGGGAAGAGCUUCAUCCGGCGGGACCACCUGCUCAAGCACUGGCGGGUCCACACUGGGGAGACCCCCUACCAGUGCCCUGUCUGUGGGAAGCACUUCCGCUACAAAGAGUCUCUGAAUUGCCACCAGAAAAUCCAUUCCCGCAACCCCCGGCCCAUGGAGGAUUCACAGCUCAGCCUGGAGUCGGGCACUCAGACCGGCCAUUUGUGUGUGAAAAAAGAAACUAAGCAGUAG